UGUUGUAGAGCGCACGAGUUUGAUGUACAGUUUGAAAUUUACCGAUUUAAACAGCAACUUUGCGUCCAUACUUUCUGAUUCGAAUCGAAUUUCAUGUUCACUUACAUCCACCCACACACGAGAACACAACAUAAAAACAAACAAAAUGAACACAAUGCUAACUAGCAAACACAAGGCAAGGAUCCUUGCGCUGACGGGCGAGCACUUCGACGAGCUGCACGCAAUGUGGUCGCGAAUGUUCGAGCCGCAAGCCUGCGAGGAUUGCCUCGCCCGUCUUGAGGAUCACGUACACACAUUCUACACGGAUCUCCGGAAGGAGACGAGCGACAAGGAGCAGGGCAUCCUCAGCGACACAGCCGGUCUGCGCAACGAGGCCAGCGGGCUAAUGCGGCUGCUCCACAAAGCGGUGGACAUUGGCGAGCGGCCGGACGAUGUGCCGAUGGACAUCUGGUACAGUAAGCUGGAGAAACACAUCGAACAACUGCGCGAGGAGCUGAACAGCCGACGGGCAGAGAUCAGGGAGCUACUCCAGCAACAGCAGCAGCUCUGCGAUGAGCUGGGCGAACGACCGCUUUCACUUCCAGCUGAUCCAUUGCCACUGCCCGAGGAGAUGGACACCUUUCGGGAGCACCUCGCCCAGCUGCGCGGUCUGCGGGUGCAGCGCCUCAGGGAUAUGGACGAGCUGCGCCGGAACAUCAAUAAAAACAUAAAACUACUCGAACUUCAAUUGCGAACGGACUCGGAAAAGCAAUUACUCAAUGCGGAUAACCAGAAGCUUACUCCCAACUCCUACGUGCGGCUGCAGGAAAUGGACAGAGAGUUCGCCGACCAGUUGCAGGAUCUAAUCGACUGCAUCGACGAGAUGCGCGGCAAGAUUGAAAGCCUCUGGCAGCGGCUCAAAAUGACCGACGAAUACGCCAUUCGUCGUGUGCGCGAAUCCACGUCCUAUAACCAGUGCACCUACGACAUAUUGCGCGAGGAGCUGGAGCGCUGCCAGGCGCUGCGGCAGCAGAAUCUGAUUGCCUUCGUCGAGCAGCUGCGCAUCGAGAUCAACGAGUGGUGGGAUCUUUCACUGAAAAGCACCAAAGAGCGCAGGCGCUUCACCACCUACUACUGUGAUACGCAGACCGAAGAUGUCCUCGAGCAGUUCGAGAAGGAGCUGGACAAUCUUAAGGAGUUCUACAACAGUAACAGGAAGAUAUUUGAGCUAUACGCGAAUCGGGGCAAGCUAUGGGCGCGCAUGGAGGCCCUGGAGGCCAAGGCCAAUGAUCCAAAUCGGUUCAACAAUCGCGGUGGACAGCUGCUCAAGGAGGAGAAGGAGCGCAAGACUAUCAUGUCCCGUCUGCCCAAGAUCGAUCAACAAAUCACCGAGCUGGUUCAGGUCUACAUGAGUCAAACGAACACGCCGUUCAUGGUGCACGGCGACGAUAUACUGGAGCGCAUGUCGGCGGACUGGGAGCGCCAUCACCAGUCCAAAAAGCAGCCAUCCGCCCAGAAGAAGGAUGUCAGCAAUACGAGCGGCCAAAUGAAGCCGCCAAUGGUGCCUCUUACGCCCAAUGCGCAGAAGAGCAACCGGGGCAUCCAUGGAUCCACAUCCUCGUUGAAGAAGACGCCGACCAAGGUGAAUGCCAGCACCACGGCGAAGAGCACAGGGAAUCUGCACAAGAGACGGCAUCCACACCACAACACCAAUAGUCCACAACCGGCAGCUGCGGCCAAGCGAAAUCUAAUCACAUCGCUGGAGUGCAACAAUGCAGGUCGCAAGAUCGGUGUGAAUGGGCAGAAGCUGCUCAAGUCGCCGCAGAGGAAGGUGCGCGUGCUGGAAUACUCGGUGCGCCGGGGCAAGGGAUCCGGCAGGCCGAGCACAGGGAGCAGGAAUCCCCAGAAGAUUCGUCCCAUACCACAAAUCCAUGUGCGUCCGCCGUCCGGCGAGGAGAACGAGAGUCCCGACGAGGAGGUCGGCGACUUGGAGGCGGUCGUGGCCAUAUAAUGGAGCUAGACUCUAAUCACAACCAAUGGCAAUCGUUUGUGCAACUGAUCUGUGUUCUAUAUCUACCUGUACUUAAGUAUUUGGCUUGCAAUUGCAGACUCAUCGGAUUUAUAUGCAUAUAUGUAUAGUGUUAGGGCUUUUCCUAGCGCAAAGACUAUCUAAAUUUACUAUUUUUAAAUGAUUUUAACUAUUUUGCACUAGCUGUGACUGCAAGAAGUAAAUAAAAGUAAAAAGUAAAGUAAA